AUGCCGUUGACACCGCUCAAAGCCGUUUUCAUUUUGGCUCUUCACGCCGCCUCCAGCUUCGCAUCGCCAGUUCCACAUCCAAAGCCCAACCCUUUGUCGAUUCCCGGGUCUUUGAUCCCAGACAUUUCGCGGAUUAUCCAAGUUCCGGGGUUCAACGAGCUGCUUAGCACUCUGGCACCACCACUUCCAAUUCUGAGGGUUCCAACACCACCGGUUAAGAGUCCACCAUUCACCGCCAGCAGCCUUAAACCAAAGAAGCUUGGUUACUUUUGGACUGGUCCAGGAAACAUCGCCUACGCUGAUUUCCUUGCUGUCUACUCUCUCGAUGAUGACACCUUCGGAACUUUCAUCACGUUGGUUGACGUACCAACCAGUGGUAACGAGCCGCAUCACUUGAAUGUCGCUAAAGACGGAAAGACUCUCGUUGGAACUGGCCUUCUCUCCCUUCUCAAGCUUCAAGAUGUCGAGUAUUUCUUUGACAUCAGCAAUCCCUAUCGGCCCAAGUUUAGAAACUCUGGCCGCGCCGUUCUCUCAUCUAUUGGGGACGAAAUUGUUGCCAAGCCAGAUGGUGGCUUCUUCAUUACUCACAUGGGCUCCGCCGGUGGUACCAAUCUCGGCCGUCUUACCGAGUGGAAUGCUCAAGGAAAAUUGAUCGGCGAGUUCCCCAGUGCCUUGGACAUCCCCGGCACCUUGAACAUCGUCAAAGACCAAUUCAGCCCUCACGGUCUUUCGAUUGACUUCGACAAGAACAUCAUCUUGACUUCCGACUUCGUUGUUCCACUUUCUACUUUGAAGCCAAGUCUCGGCAUCCAGAAGGCGGAUACACUCCGUCUCUGGAAUUUGUCAAGUCGUACUAUCAUCAGGACGAUUACUAUUCCAGGUGGUGGCGGAAUUCAAGACGUCAAAUUCAUUCCUGGAAACAAGGAUAGCGCUGCUAUCGCUACUGCUGUUGACCUGGGACAAGUUUGGAUUAUCUACCCAUUCAAGAAGAAUGCCGAUGGUACCCAAGGUGUCGCCGAACUUCUUUACGAUCUUGGCCCAAGGGCCAAAGGUGUUGUUGCUAUCUACAGCGACUUCUCUGCCAAUGGAAGAUUCUUGUACUUGAGCUUAACAACAGCCAACCAUAUCGCCGUUCUCGAUCUCAAAAACCUGAAAAAACCAGUUCGUCUUGACAAUCCAAAUGAGCAACAGCCAGUCAUUGGCGUUCACUCCCUCCGCGUCACCCCCGAUCAAAAGAACUUGGUUGCUCUCGGCUACUUCGUCCGGCAAGGUGAUAUCGGUCUCAUCAACACCCCAGCUGAUUACAAAGUCCACUAUGUCGAUAUUCUACCAAAUGGUGCACUCAGUUUCAACCGCACCAUUCCAUUUGAGACCGAGUUCGCAAACCGUGGCGGCGGCAGACCACACUUUUCGGUUAUUGCGGACUUGACCGAUCCUAAGAAACCUAAGUUCAACUCCUACUAA